AUGAGAGUCAAAGUACUUUGGAAAGAACAUAAAUUUAUUUUACCAACAGGCAAAAAUAAUGUUAAAGUUUCAGAUCUCUUUAGAGAUAUUGCAUCAAAAUUUGCUUCAUAUUCAUUAGAAGAAUUUAUUGUUUCAGAGUUAAAAACAAUUGAUGGUUUUAUUAUCUCACCACAUUAUUUAAUUGAAGAAGCCAUCGUUGACAAUGAAACAUUGGUUGUUGUUGAUUUCGAAUCAUGGAAAAACGAACAAUUCAAAUUAUGCAAUAAAUCAUUUGUUUUAUUUGCUUUAGAAAAUUUCGAACAAGAUAACAAAUUAAGAGUUAAUAUUGGUUUAAAUACAUUAAAUAAGUUAUUUGUUUCAAUUGGUUUAUAUAAUAAAUUAUAUAGAUUAGAGUUAUUCGAUUCAAGUGAUUUAAGAGCAUUCCAUAAAGAUGGUGACCAUGUUGUUACUCAUUGGGAAGAUGGUAAAGGUAAUGUAGCAAAGGUAUUCUUUGUUGUUGAGGGUGGUGUUGUUAAAACAGUUAGAGCCGAAAUUUCAACUGAAUCAGCACCAAUCCCACAAAUUCAAUCUAUCAAUAUUUUAGUUAGUGGAAACAAGAUCGAAGCUGGUGAAAUUAAAACUAUCCAAAAUGCAUAUGCACCAUACACUGAGGAUUCAACAGUUACCCCACAAGAUGAGGUUAGAACUGGUAAAAGUUAUCAAGAUUAUGAUAUAGAUUAUUAUGUUACUGAUGGUGGUAAUGGUACCGAUGCCUCCAAUCAUGCUGUAGUCACUGGACCAUCAAAUAUUCGUUUCGAACAAACCGAUAUCACUCGUGCAGAAAUGAGCCAAUAUUCAAACAAUGGUGUUUUCUGGAAUUCAUUCUACACCGAUUUCCAAAUCACCAACAACGAUCCAGAUAGAAUCACCCUUUCUAAAAUCUCUGCAGAGUAUCAAGAUAUAGCCGGUGAAUGGAAACCAAUGUCCGCUCUCUUUGGCACCAAAAGAAGCAAUUCAAACUAUGACUAUAAUUGGAGAACUGAUUCAAGUAACAUCAUUAUUCCAUUAGACCCAAGAGACACUAUUAAGCUUUCAUUCAAUACUCGUGUCGAAAUCAAAGGUGAUAAUUCAGAAAGACGUUACCGUUCACAUCACUCACUUCCAAAUGUAUUAAAUAUUAAAGUUCAUGUCACUGAUGACAAGCAAAAAGUUACCACCAUUCCACUCUUAUACAAGAACAAGACUGAAGACCCAGUUUUCCCAAUUUUAAAAACUCGUCAAGCAAGAGUCGAUAAACCAAUUGUUUUCUUCCAAACUGUCGAUAAUCUUAAAACUACCAAUCGUGGUUGGGUUCAACUUACCAAGAGCACCAACGAUAAUAAAAAUAUUUUAGUAUAUUCAUCUAAUUUCUCAAGUAGCCAACACUACAUCAGUGAAGUAUCUUUACACGAAGCCGUCUAUCAAGCCUCCAAAAACAAGGAAUCUAAAUAUAAAAUCAGUCACUACUCUGCCUCAAACAGCGAUUUCAGUGUUGAAGUCUUUGCUCAUAUAGACUUUGAAAAGAAGAGAGUUACCUCACUUGUUUUCGAAUUAUUCGAUUCAACUAAAACUAAUUCAUCAGUCAAAUAUUUCCCAAUUCCAAAAUUCGUUGAUGAAAAAUGGUAA